AUGCUGCUUCAUCUUGGCAUCAGACCAGUGCUCAUAGUUCCGUCUGCGGAUGCAGCUGGUGAGAUCAUGAAAACAAAUGAUGCAAUUUUCUCCAAAAGACCCAAGUUGGCAAUUUCUGAUAGGCUUCUCUAUGAAGGGAAAAAUGUGUCUACAGCUCCUCAUGGUGAGCAUUGGAGAAGAAUGAGAAGCAUCUGUGUGCUUCAGCUUUUAAGUAACAAAAGGGUUCAGUCUUUUAGAAGUGUUAGAGAAGAAGAGCUGGGCUUGCUGGUUGAUAAUGUGAAGCAGUCUUGUUUGUUGUCAUUGCCUGUGAAUUUGAGAUGUUUGCUGGUGGAACUGAUACAACUAUACACAGUUCUAGAGUGGGUAAUGACCCGACUCUUAAGUCAUCCCAGAGUGUUGAAAAAAGUUCAAAAUGAGAUUAUGAGAAUUGCCAAUAGCAAACCAGAAAUAGCAGAAAUUGACUUAGAUCAAAUGCACUACUUAAAUGCAGUGAUCAAGGAGACGCUUCGGCUAUAUCCUCCAAUACCUUUACUGGCUCCCCGAGAAUCAACCAAAGAUGUGAAGAUAAAGGGCUAUGACAUAGCAGCAAGAACCAUGGUCCUUGUCAAUGCCUGGACAAUUGGUAGAGAUCCCUCACCGUGGGAUGAACCGGAGAGGUUCUUGAACUCUGCUGUGGAUUUCAAAGGACAUGACUUCCAGUUAAUCCCAUUUGGAGCUGGCAGGAGGGGCUGUCAAGGCCAAAUGUUUGCCAUGACCACUAUUGAGCUUGUGUUGGCAAAUCUUGCGCGCAAGUUUGACUGGGCAUUGCCUUGUGGAGCAAGAGCUGAGGACAUGAACAUGACAGAAUGCACAGGUCUUGUCAUCCACAGACAAGUUCCUCUUCUUGCUGUGCCAAAGCUUAGGCCUUUUUAG